AUGGGUGCCAGGUUCACAGCUUGGCACGUCUUAUCGCUGGAAAAAGGCGCGGCCCCAGGCAAGGGCGACGUGCUGCGGUGCCAGGGCCAUCGACGACUGCGGCGCACUGGGCGCAUCAGCCACCUGCUUCGCUGCCGCGACGCCGUCAACGCCUUCUUCUCGCUAGGGCGCCAGAGCGUGCUGCAGGUAGCUUGCAAGGUUUAUGAUGGCCAGGUCGACCAGGAGUUUUACGUCGACCGCAUCACUCGCGUCCAGGCUGCAACCUCCACGUCGGGGCCCGAGCUCAGCGAGCUGCUAGCCGAGCUGCUAGUGAAUGCCGCGCUCAGCGGAGCUGAAGUGCUGGGGGAUCUUCAAGCCAUGCGGAGGUUCAUCGCUGAGAAGUGCAGGGCGAUGCUCGGCGGUGAUUCCGAAGCCGACGCCGCGAGCGAUUCGCUCGAGCAUUCCACCAUCACUUCCAUGAAUUGCUUCCGGACACUUUACAUAUUGGGCCUGCUCCGAACAAUCCCGCUGCGGCGGGUACUCAGGCAGCAGACUCCAGAGUGCGACUGUCUUCCUGCAGAUCGGCGCUACCAGAUGGCAGCGGCGUUGUCGGCGGGAACAGGAGGCGGCAAGAAGGCGUUCCCCAGCGCGAAGUUCUGGGCGGACUACGACAAGAUAGUGGUGUCCAACAGGAAGAUCGCCAUCGACUUCUUCAGGCACAAGAAGGUAUCCUCGAUCCUCGACGCGAUCGGACUGGCGAGCCAGAGCUCGGAGGCAGAAGAGCUUUUGAGCACGCAACGGUACGUCCUGGAGUCUAAGAACAGAGACCACAGGACGAAAGACGAGGUCAGGGAGGAUAUGAUGAAGGUUCUCGGGGAGAUCAAGCGCGUACAGGCCGCCCUCGGCCGAGGGGACACCCCGCUGCCCUACGCCGUGCUUGGCCUGCCCAUGCCGCACAGGGAGAAGAGGGAGCACGAGGAGAUAUUGCCAGCGUGGCUGCAGGAGUACGCCGAUGCCAACGCGGAGCUGUUGGGGGUGAGGAAGGUGGAGCAGAAGGCGGCGGCCAUGGCGGCGAGAGAGGCCCAGCGUCUGGCCGUGGCGAACUCUGGCCUGAAGUCGCUGGAGGACGUCCGGGAGUCGAUGCAGCGCACCUACGGGACGGUGGCCGCCGCCACCAGGAAGACGCAGCUGUCUAAGGCCUUCGAGCACACCAUGGCGAAGCGCAGCGAGGGGGAGCGGCGGGUGGAGCUGAAGCGCCACAUGGAGCUGGACUUCAUCCGCCGCAACCGCCGUGGCGAGGCGCCACGGCGCGACUCAGGUGGACAUCAUUGGGCGCUGCCGCCCUUGCGAGCUGAUAGACAGACAAGUUCACAAGGUCCAGGGGCACCUCUGAGCCGAGGCGGCGCGUUCGCUGCCGCGGUGGCCAUUUCAGACCUGCACAGAGACUGCACUUCGCAGAA